AUUAAUAUAAAAACCAUAUUAAAAACAAGAAAAAUAUAAUUGAAUUAUGGGACGUGAAUUAGAUGGAUCAUGUUGUUUAUUUGGAUGGUUGAAGGGGUUUUAUCAGAGGAUGAAAGAUCGUCAGAUGGAAAAGAAAUUUCGAGCAGGAAUGAAAUAUAGUGAAUAUGUAGUACAUACAGAGAAUGGAAUGGAAUGUACGUCUAAGAAGGCAGAACAUGUAUCGGAUAUUGUUGUAUAUAGAUAUCGUGAAAAAGAUGAUAUACAAGAUGAUGAAAAAAGAGAAACAUUAUAUCGUGAAGAAACAUCAUUACCAGCGGAAAAGAAGACUGAGAUGCGUGUUUUGUCUAAUAAUACAUUGACAGAAUUUCAAUUAUUAGAAACAGAUCAAUUAUCAAGUGGAAUUAAUGCCUUUUCUGAAGCUAAAAGUACAGAUCCAAGUUCUCAUUUCGUUUCAUGUGCUGCUUCUGAUGAUACGGCAUCAUUAGUUCACUUAUCAAAUAAUAAAAAUGUUUAUGAUCAAUGUCGUAUAAGUAUGGAUACAAAUGCUAGUAUUUGUGCUUUAGCACCUUCUCGUCAACUAAGUUAUAGUUCUCUUUCUAGUGCAUGGACUGGCUCCAGAGUUGGUUUAUCUUUUGUUUCAGAAGCUACAACUACAGUUCAUUAAAUAUUACAAAAUAGUUUUUUUAUUUCGAUGUUUGAGUUUUGUAUUA